ACUCCAAGUGGCUUGCUCGAACCAAGAGACCCGCAUCGUCCCUAAUCACAACUCCAACGCGUCUGUAAUCUCCAUUGCUUCAAGAGGCGUCAACACUCACCAUUUACCUUGUAGACGUGCGGUGGUGGUGCGACCCAGGCAGCGGUGCUCGUGCUUCCCGACGGUGGUCGACGGACGCUGGAGGCGGCCUCUCGUGAGCGAAAUUGAUACCAUGUAAAUAUUUAUCGCCGACACAAGGCUAGCUCCAAAGCCGUUGAAUGGUCACUGUAUCUGUAUCACAGCAAACAUUUCUAUCAUUCCACUGUUCUCUAAAUUGACUGCUUGCGCUGCAAUUGCGCAACUCACCAGCAUGUUGGGGACAGCAAUAAGGUUGUUUGCCAAGAAACCGAAGCCGAAGAUGGGACCAAUAGAACUGAAGACUCCACCGGAGCAGAGACUCACCAUCACUAGAGUGCUAUUUGAUAUUGUGAAGGAGCAUGGUCCCCUCACCGUUCAAGACACCUGGGAACAUGUCAAGGAGGUUGGAUUGAAAGAUUUGAAAGGCAAGCAACAUAUGAAGAUAGUGUUGAGAUGGAUGAGAGAGAGACAAAAGCUUCGCCUCAUUUGCAAUCAUGUAGGACAACAUAAACAGUUUCUCUAUACUACUUGGUUUACCAAACCCAGUACUUUGAAUUCACCUGCAGGAAGCAUUCCAGUAAAACAAAAGAAACCUUAUUGAAAGUUUAUGACUUAUAAAGCAUAGCGGAUGCCUUAUAGUAGUCUCUGAGAUUCACGGCUUUCACUAUUUUAGUUCCUCAAAUUCAAAAUUUACUAUACUAGUCCCCGAGAUCUAAUUCCAGGCACCACAUUGGUCCCUGACCCUUUUUGGCGUUGAGUCGACGAAUGGAAUUCCCUGCUAGCUCUGACUUUCCACGCUAAACACAAGGAUAGAUGAUGUUGUUUCGUUUUGGCGCUUAAACAAGGCAAAAGCAAUGUUGUUUUGGAGGAUAGGGAGAGAUAAAACGGUUUGCACAUCAUAUAAACUCUCCUUCGUCUUCUCGUUUUGCCUUGUUUAAGCACCAAAACAAAACGACGUCGUUUAAGCCUAUAUAUAGGGUGGUAAGUCAAGAUUAGUUCAGCACUUUGUUCGUUGACUCAGUGCUAGAAAAGGUCCAAUGACUAAUAUGGUGCCCAGAGCUGAAUCUCGAGAACUGUUAUAAUGAAUUUUGGAUUUGAAGGGCUAAAGUUGUGAAAGUAAUGAAUUUAAGGGACUACUUUGGAGAUUUAGUCCGUAGCCGCGUAGCGGAUAGACUAGCUAGUAGCUACCCAUAAAGUGGGAACAGCAUUGCAUUGUACUUUAAAUUGAUUCCUAAACUAAAGAAUCUACCCGCCUAAUAAGUUUUUGUUAUCAUUUCUUGA